AUGGAGGGAAGCAGCGGCGAAGGCAGCACCUCUCCGUCGGCGGACAGGAACUCACCACCCUCGCUUCAGCACUCGCCAAACCCCGACUCAAGCGGCAUGGGGGUCGGUGACUGUGGAGCUUUGUCUUACGCCACCCAGCCGCCCAUGGUCAGUCUCAGCCCCAAACACCAACAGCCACCUGUGAGCAGCAACAACGGCAUCGUGGUCUCGAGUCCGGGCUACGUUGGUCAGCAGCCCCGGACGUCUUCAGCCAGUCCGCCCCAAAUCCUCUCCAAACCCUAUACGCCGCCCAUGUCGUCGGCCGCCCUUUCCAUGAAAUCCCCUCUGGAACACCUGCCGGCCCACAUGGGCAUGCUGGCCAUGAGAAACGGCGGGGUGCCCCACCCUCACUACCUGGGAGGACCCCCAGGGCGCGGGGCGCAUAUCCAGCCGCCCCUCAGCCCCCCUGGACUCACAACAGACGCGACCGCCAAUGACUGUCGUCUCAUUGACUACCGGGGCGCCAAAGUAGCCGCUUUCUUAGUCAACGGCGAUUACUUACUUUGUUUACCACAAGCUUUCGAACUCUUCUUGAAGCACCUUGUGGGAGGACUGCACACUGUCUACACAAAACUCAAACGCCUCGACAUUACGCCAAUUGUAUGCAACGUUGAACAGGUGCGCAUUCUAAGAGGCCUUGGAGCUAUCCAGCCCGGAGUCAACAGAUGUAAGCUCCUCUCUUGCAAAGACUUUGACACCCUCUACAAAGAUUGCACCACGGCAAGGUAA